AUGUUAAGUUGCUCUAGAUUAAUCCGGGCAGUGCUUCUUCCGAGGAGGGUACUAUCGAAAAGGCCGAUAUCUCAAGCCUUCAAACAGUUGAAACCGGCCGUCGGCACGGAGACGUCGUCUUUAUUCAGAAAUGCAUCAACAGAAGGGGAUUUUGGGUUUUUGAAGUCAUCAGAAGUGUCCAUAGCACCCAAGUUUGAGCCAUUUGAUCGCUCAUUUACGAUAAAUAGCUCAUCCGAAUCACGAGAUAUAAUGAAUUUAUGGUCCUUAUUGGAAGCCUGCUUGCAUUCCAACUAUCUGGAUAGAGCGUUUUCGAUUUUGAAAUCACUCUACGAAAUAAAGUCUCACAAGCCGUAUUUCAUCGAUGAUUACAACAAGUAUUUGAUGAAGAAUGCCGAAUCAGCAAAAGAUGUGUCUGAACUCGACGCGGUGCUUUUUCGAGAUCUCCAGGAGACUUUUCCUGCCUGCGAUUAUAACGACAAAACCCUCGCAAUUCUACUGCAUAAUGCCCUGCGAACAUGCUCUGAGAAGUCUUCGGCGGAAAAGCAUUGCCGAACUUAUCUUCAAAUGGGAGUCAACGGAAUAGGUAGUAUAAUGAAAAACGUGGAAGUUCUUACGGUCCAAGACUACAAUCAACUUCUCUAUAAAUUUAAGCUCAUCGAAGUGAGCGACUUACCAAAGGAAAUCAGGCCUUUGUUCAAGAAUUCAGACGACGCCAAUGUCUGCGGUGAGAAAGUCGUUCCGGAGACGGGUUCUGUAGAUCCAGCGCCUUCAUCGCUGAGGGGGUCUGAACUCAACGCUUUGAGUUUCGACAAGGAUAUCGGCAUUGUCGACAAGGAUGCCAGGGAACUUCUGGCUGUUGACACCAUAGGCAUGAAGGUUGUUAGACACGCUUUGUUGGGUCUUUCUCUAACAGAUGAACAAAAGAAGCAAAUAACUGCAACAAGUUUAGAUUCCGGGUCUAAUUUGCUAAAGUUAGAUCAGAAUGGCGAAGGUGUUGACUUUUUUGGAAUAUAUAAGAAGUUGACGGAUGACGCAGAAAGAACGCUAUUCGAGAAGACCCUUGAUGAGUUCAAUCAAGACCGACAGCAUCAACUGGAGAACAGAGCGAUCGAUGCAGCGAAGGAACGGUGGAGGCAUGAUUUUGAGGAGGCCAAAGCCAGAGGCGACCUUUCCAUUCAAAAGAAGCUCAACGUGAAGCUUUGGGAAUGGUACAAAUGUAUGCUUCCUCUGGUGAAAGAAGAAGUUAAGCGCUGUUCUCAAAUGAUGCACGGAACUACAAAUGAAACAGACCUGAGUACGCAGGAAAAGAAGCAAAAUAAGGCGCGUCUGGAGUACGGGCCAUACCUCACUUUAGUCAAUCCUGAGAAGAUGUGUGUCAUAACCAUUCUAGAACUUUUGAAGCUCAAUUCGACUGGUGGAAUCAUCGAGGGCAUGCGGACAGCAAGAGCUGUCAUUUCCGUAGGAAAAGCCAUUGAGAUGGAAUUUCGUGCGGAACAGCUUUUAAAGAGUGAGGCUUUCGUUUUUAAGGAAGUUAACAGAAAAUCACAUGAAUUUAGGAAGCUUGUCCAGCGAGCUAGGACAACUUUCAGAUCCAUGAAAAUUGAGGAAUCAAAAAUUUUAUGGCCUCAGGAGGCUAGAGCCAAGAUAGGCUCAAUUCUAAUUUCCAUGCUUAUCCAUGUCGCUCGUGUAGGUGUCGAGGGAGUAGACCCGGUAACUCAGGAAAGAAUAAAAGGAGAGGCGCCUGCGUUUUCCCAUGGUUACCAGUACCACAAUGGAUCCAAAUUAGGUGUUUUAAAAAUACAUCGGACGUUAAUACAUCAGCUGAAUGGAGAGCGUUUAGUUGCUGCUGUACAGCCCCAACUUUUACCUAUGCUGGUAAAACCUCGCCCUUGGAAGUCUUGGAACUCGGGAGGUUAUCAUUACUCGCAAUCCGUGCUCAUUCGUUCAAAGGACUCUCCCGAACAGCUGGCUUAUCUGAAGGCGGUUUCAGAUGCUGGGGCCAUAGAUAAUAUCUACAAGGGUCUGAAUGUGUUAGGUGAGACUCCAUGGACAGUCAACAAAAAAAUGUUUGAAAUAAUGUCCGAAGUUUGGAAUAGCGGAAAGCCUUUCAUGGAUAUUCCAGGAAUUCAAGAUAGAUUGGUCCUCACCCCCCAGCCCUCACAUGAUGCUGAUCCAUCAGUCCAUAGAGAGUGGAAGCUAAGAAAUAAAGCUUUGGCCAAUGAAUUCUCAAGCAAUCGCUCGGCCAGGUGUGACGCGAAUUACAAAUUAGAAAUUGCUCGCGCCUUUUUGGGUGAGAGAUUCUACUUUCCUCAUAACUUGGAUUUCAGAGGUCGCGCUUACCCGCUUUCCCCGCAUUUCAAUCACCUAGGAAAUGAUAUGAGCCGAGGCUUGCUGAGAUUUUGGAAGGGCAAGCGUUUAGGCCCCGAGGGCUUGAGGUGGUUGAAGGUUCAUCUCUCAAAUCUGUUUGGAUAUGAUAAGGCACCGCUAGAGGAUCGCGUGAAAUUUGCUCAAGACCAUAAAGCUGACAUUAUAGACUCUGCCGAGAAUCCUUUGAAUGGAAAAGGAUGGUGGAAGCAGGCAGACAAGCCAUGGCAGGCGCUAGCUGCGUGUCUCGAGUUGAACGAAGUUUUUAAACUUGAAAAUCCUGAGGAUUUUGUCUCCCACCAGCCUGUUCAUCAGGAUGGCACUUGCAAUGGUCUGCAGCAUUAUGCAGCUCUCGGUGGAGAUGUAGAAGGUGCGACUCAGGUCAAUCUGGUUCCCAGCGAUCGACCGCAAGAUGUUUAUUCGCAUGUUGCGAAACUAGUCGUGGCGAGACUGGAGAAAGCUGCGAAAAAUGGUGAUCAAACAGCAGAACUUCUUAAAGACAAAAUAACCAGAAAAAUCGUUAAGCAGACAGUCAUGACAAACGUUUAUGGUGUGACGUACAUUGGUGCAACCCAUCAGAUAGACAAACAACUUUCGAACCUCUUUGACGAUCCAAAGAAAUCCUACGAAUUGGCGAAAUAUCUUACAAAACACGUCUUCGGAGCUGUUCGAGAACUUUUUGAAGGUGCUCACCUGAUCCAGGACUGGCUGGGUGAGUGUGCUAAGCGCAUUUCGAAAUCUGUCAGAAUAGACACAGACGAAAAAUCCUUCAAGAACGGUAAUAAGCCUGACUUCAUGUCUUCUGUCAUUUGGACCACCCCACUUGGACUUCCAAUUGUGCAGCCCUACCGUGAAGCGAGCAAAAAACAAGUAGCCACAAACCUACAAACUGUUUUUAUUAGCGAUCCUUUUGCUGUCAACCCAAUCAAUGCUAGAAGACAAAAAGCAGGGUUCCCACCCAAUUUCAUUCAUUCUUUGGACGCAUCUCACAUGCUUCUUUCCGCAACCAAGUGCGGUGAAAACGGGCUAGAUUUUGCGGCGGUUCAUGAUUCGUACUGGACGCAUGCCUGUGAUGUGGAUCAAAUGAACAUCAUAUUGAGAGAGCAGUUCAUAAAACUCCACGAAGUCGACCUCAUCGAGAGGUUGAAAAAUGAAUUCGACGAGAGAUACAAGAACUACCUCCAAAUUGUUAAAAUCGAAAAGAAAUCUGCGGUGGCAAUUAAAAUAGCAGAGUUCAGAAAGAAAUUGUCUGCAGAACUGGGUCGCCCAGUGACUCUGGCGGAUGACAUUCAAUUAGAGAAGAAGCGGAUUCAACUACUAAGUUCAGAAGAUCCCGAAGAAAGGCAAGAGGGCGAAGCACUUGUCACGUCGGUAUCGCUUACGUCGGAGUUUGGUGAUAUUCUUGCACUCGAAAAACCCGGCGACGCCUCUUGCAUGGCCGUUUUGGUUCCUUUGAAGCUGCCCAACAUCCCACCAAAAGGCAAUUUUGAUGUCAGAGAGCUUGAAAACAGCAAAUACUUUUUCUCUUGA